CUUGCCAAUUCAGUACAUUUUCGGUGCCGAAUAUCCUCUGGACUACCUCUGGAAACCCUUUUAAGAAUUAUUACCACCUGAGCUGCCGUCCAAUUCGACAUUCGCGAUCGGAUUCGCGAAACCCUCAUCACCAUAUAUUCUCAACUUCUUUGUCAUAGUCUGCUCGAGCAGCCGAGCAGCCACUUUGACGACAUGCCUUGUAAAGCUGAAGGCCUAGUCCUGACCGUGGACCCAAAUGUCAUCCACAAGGUCGACACAAAUAAUCCUCAAAAUCUCUUCAGCAUGUGGACUGUCUUUUCACGAUGUGCCGAUUCAGUAGAGCAAGGUCGGAGAUUAGAGAACCUCAGCUGGCGAUUAUGGAAUAGAGAAACCUUUUGCUGCGAAGCCAAAGGUUUAUCUGCCGCCGCCACCACAUUACCGAAAGACAUCCCAGAGCACCAACGAUUACCCGAGGUGCCUCAAUUAUCUGGCAGCGUCGACUCUGUUGCCGACGAGGAGGCUAUUGACUUCACCACCAUUUCCGACCCAGUUGAGAUUGUUCGACCCCGAAUCGUUCGACAGGACUCUUGUGCCAGUAGUCGAAGUAGAGGUCGUGAACGUCACAUCACUUCGGACCAUCUGGAAAAGAUGGUGGUCUCUAUCAUUCAAGAGAAGGAGCCUAACCUAGCGCCACUUCCGGAUAUGAGCUCUCCUUCGGUUGAGUCGUCGGAUGCUGAUCAGACACAAUCUUCUUACCCAGAAGCAGAACAAACACCCCAAACACCAGUUAGCGAAGCCGCAUGCGAAUUAACCGCAUCAUACCAGUCUUCGACACAAUCAAAGAGUCAAGAAGCUCCCGCCACUACAGUUAUCCGGGGCUUCUCUCCGUCGCACAUCCCAUCCUUCCGCGUCUCGCAUGAGCCUAAGAUCACCGUACAAGACCCAAUCCCCGAUCCCCAAUCUUCUCCCGCCCCGAAACCAGUACAGUCCAAGAAGCAGCCACCCAAGUUCAAGCUAGGCGACUCUUCUAGCAACGAGUCCUCGCCCCAAAGCAUGGAAACCCGCCAACCGAUGCCGCCGCCUUCCAAGCGGCCCAUGUUCGAAGUUGGCGUUGGCUCUUCUGGGGAUGAUGAAAGCCCUUCCCUCAAGAGUGCUAUGCAUUCUUCUCGUCCCGGCUCUUUACUCAGUGCCCAAAAGAAGCAGACUUCGUUCAACAACCAGGUGACUACACGGACUAUUCAGACACCCAGUGACCAAUCCGAUAGCUAUAUGGACGAGAGUGCCAUCGAUGACGACGACGAGGAUUCUGAGUGGGAAGAUUCUAUUGAGGAGAGCGGCAAGUCGAGCGUGGAUGACGCAGUCACAUUCAAGCGUGUGCCGUCAAAGGCAAACCUUACCUCGCAGAGGUCGUUGAUCAGCCUCAUGUUUGCCGGGCAAGAGGAGCGAGUCAAGGGUCUCAGCAACUAUGCUUCUCAUUCCACCCCUGCGAUCCCUCAGCGUGCACGAAACCUCCAAAGUCACUCGAACAUGAACAUUGUUUCCUCCCCGAACGAUUCCGAUACUGGGCUCGAGAUGAGGAGGGGCCUGCGACCUACACCGCUCAAGCCCAUCACAGAGAUCCCUCGAUCCAGCGCGCAGCCAAUAAUGACGAACCCGCAGACCCACCACCACCAAGCUGCGUUGUCUCCUAGGACAACCAGGAGGAACAUGUUAGCUACGGAAUUGACCGAGUCGCUCCGUCGUCAAUUAUUGUGGGAACGACAACAGAAGACAUCGACUGCCAACGCGGUCCUCAAGAGGCGCCACACAUCUCUCGAUGUAGCCAAUCUGAAGCAGUACCCCGAGAAGGCCUACAUGGGCAAGGCCAAGGCUAAGGACGAGCCUAACUCCAGCAGCUGGAACCAGUACUUCAGCCGAGAAGACUUUGGUGGAUAUCAUGCUCAGGGCUGGUAAUCCGCGAUAUAAUUCCAGAACUUACGAAUGAGAAUAUACCAUCAUUCGAGAUGCCGGCGAGCACUCGAUGGCAGAUCAUCAAACUGCCCUGUACAUUUUUUUACUCGGUGUUAUUUUUCUUUGGGGCAUUGCGAGGAGGUUGCUUUCCACAGUACCGAUUGCAUGCAUGAGGCCGGCGUUUAAUGAUGUUGUUUAAUCAAGAGGCAUCGACUGCCCAUAAUUCACACACUGCAUGGUUAGCUAGUGGGUUGAUGGCGCACUGAUCCACGGCGUUACAGAGCAUCAUU